AUGCCGCCAAAGAAGAACGCCGUCGAGGAGAAGCCGGCGCUGAUCGGACGGUUGGGAACCAACUUGAAAGUCGGAAUUCUGGGUCUUCCGAACGUUGGAAAGAGUACAUUCUUCAAUGUGCUCACAAAGUCCGAGGCGCAAGCUGAGAAUUUCCCAUUCUGCACCAUUGAUCCCAAUGAGAGCAGAGUCGCCGUCCAAGACGACCGUUUCGAUUGGCUGGUGAACCACUACAAACCAGCGUCAAAAGUGCCAGCUUUCCUGAAUGUCACCGAUAUCGCCGGUUUGGUGAAGGGAGCUUCUGAAGGACAGGGACUCGGAAACGCCUUCCUGUCCCACGUCUCCGCUUGUGACGCCCUCUUCCAUUUGUGCCGUGCUUUCGAUGACGAUGAUGUUACUCACGUUGAAGGAGAAGUUGAGCCAGUGCGUGAUUUGGAAAUCAUCAGUAACGAGCUCUUCGCCAAAGACCUCCAAUUCAUCGAGUCCCCACUGGACAAAGUCGAGAAGCUCUACACCCGUGCCAACGACAAAACCAAGAAGAUCGAGUACGACACUCUGGUCCGCGUCAAAAAGUGUUUGGAGGAGAAGAAACCGGUUCGUCAGGAAAUUUGGAACGAGAAGGAAAUUGAGAUUCUGAAUAAGUACCUCUUCCUGACGGCGAAACCAAUCGUCUACCUGGUAAACCUCUCUGAAAAAGACUACAUUCGGAAAAAGAACAAGUGGUUGCCAAAGAUCAAAGCAUGGAUUGAUCAGAAUGACGCUGGAGCCGUCUUGAUCCCAUUCUCUGGAGCAUUUGAGCUGAAAUUGCUCGAUAUGCCAGAAGACGAGCGAGCCAAGUACUUGAAGGAGCAAGGAGUCACUUCGAAUUUGGAUAAAAUCGUCCAUACUGGAUAUAAGGCACUUCAGUUGGAAUAUUUCUUCACUGCCGGAGAGGAUGAGGUGAAGGCGUGGACGAUUCAAGUGGGAACGCCGGCACCAAAGGCCGCUGGAAGAAUUCAUACGGAUUUCGAAAAGGGUUUCAUUAUGGCUGAAGUGAUGAAGGUCGCUGAUUUGAUCGAGUUGGGAGAUGAGUCCAAGUGCAAAGGAGCCGGAAAGUACCGUCAACAAGGAAAGACGUACAUUGUCCAGGACGGCGACGUCAUCUUCUUCAAAUUCAACGCCGGAGCCGGUCUUCAAGCCAAAAAGAAGUGA